AUGGGAUGUGUUUGUGGAUCUAAAGAACAAACUAAUGACAAUUAUCAAAAGAAAUCUAAUAGUACUUAUAUACUUUAAUUAUUAGAAACAUAAACUAAAAUGAAAGGAAAAGGAAUUUAGAUUGGGGGAGGUGAUGAACAAUUUUAAAAUGCAAAUUAAAAUGUUAAAAAAUUAAUUAUAAAUAGGAAUUAAUAGCUUAAGCUGCAGAAAAAAGAUUAUAAAAUUAAGAAAGAAGAGGUAUGAAUCAUGCAGCUUAGAUUGAAUAUGAAUUUAAAAAGAAAAAGUUAGAAGAAGCAGAACAAUAUGAAAAAGAAAGAAGAGGAGAAAAUUAUAAUCUAAGAUGGAAUUGA